AUGGGUGUGGCCAGCGAUAUUGAGCCACGGACAUCGAUGGAGCGCCAUCUGAUGGACAGAGACCGCGAGGGCCAGCUCUACCUCGAGGCCAGGCGCCAGCAGGCUGCCCUCGACCUCCUCAAGAAUAGAUCCUCCCUCCUCUCCACCAUCACCCCUCCUUCCUCCAACCCUUCCUCUGCCGCCUCUUCUCUCUUCCGCGAACCAACUGGGAUUCCCGAACGGCCCGUAUUACCCAUCUCGCCCUCCAGUCUCGAAUACCAGCUCACAGCCAACCUCCUCAAUUAUCCUCAUCCUGCUGCUGCAGCUAAUACAUCGUCGUCCUCUUCGACAGCCCAGUCUCGGCCACGGUCUCGAUCCCGCUCAAAGUCUCGUCCUCAACAACCAUUACAACAACAACCAGAAUCACCAUCACCAGUCGCAACAACGACGACAAAGGCUAGACGACAUACCGUCAACAAGGACGCGCGUGUCGGCACGACUUCUUUUGCGCCUCCUCGAGGCACGGGCCACAGACAACAACAGCAGACUCAUCACAAACAUCACGACAGCAACGGUAGUAACGGUAGUAACGACACUACUACCACCACGACCACCAAUGACAACAGACACAACAACAGUAACUCGGUACAGCCGAUGACACCACAAGAAUGGAUCCCGACCUCGUUGCUGGGUUCGUAUCCUCCAAGUCCGACAGUAGCCUGUGCCCUGGGUCCCAGCUCUACUUCCGACAACCCAUACUUUACCACUGCCUCCGCCACUACCACCCUGACUACUCCUCCCACUGAACCAAAACUCGUUAGUGUCCCUCUGCCUCCCAUCCCUCCCUCCCCACCACUGCCCCCUCUCCCUCCCAAGAGCCCUCAGACUCUUAUUGCCCAGUACUUCCCUCGCUCCCUUGCACCACCUCCCUCGAGAGAUCGUAUCCCCUAUGGUCAACGUGAACCCAUUGUUGCGCCCACACCCUUCAAGACCCCCACCUUUGGACCAGCCUUGAUCUCUCCAACACUUGCCUCGACUACCACCCACCCCGAUGCGCCCCCACUCCCCCCACCUUCGGCCUCCUUUCAGUAUAUACCCACGUCCGAUGUCUCGCGUGUCUCAACUUCACAUGCCCUUCAUAGUUCUCAACAUCACCAGUAUCUCUUUACGGAGGACAACUCGUCGGAUUUUUCGUCGUCCUCGAAUCGACCCUCGCCUAACACCUCUGUCGUUGGGUUCCAAGGAUCAGCGGCUCCUACUCCUCCUCCACGGAUGAUACCCCACCAACAGCAUCCUGCGCGUCUCCCCUCGGAUUUGGAUUUGAUCCUGUAUAACUCUCGGCAGCGUUCUUCGAGACUUGCUUGUUCUAAUUCUACGGUCAAUAAGCAAGGUGCCAGCAGUGUCAGCAGUAACGAAGGAUCGGGACCUGUGAAUGCUCGUGAUGAGAUUGUGGUUCCUGGACCAGUGGCCCCGACGGCUCCGGGUUUGCUGUUUGCGCCCCUGCGACCGCGCUCUCCUGCUACUGGCGCUGCUGGGAUUCGCGCUACACAGUCGACGACUUCACUCGCGAAUCCACCACUUUCCAGCCAGACCACUCUGCCGACAACUCCUAUUUAUCCGAGAGGUCUCUCGUCUCCUUCUAUCCUCGGCGACAAUGCUCAGGUUAUCAUUCGUCUGCACCAGAAGCCUGUACCUUAUAUUCGCGAGCUCGUUCCUGGCAAGGAGACUGGACUCGCUGCUUCCGCCACCACCAUAACCACUACCACGGCAGCAGGAACAGGGGGAGGAGCGUCGUCAACGGUAGCAUUUGUGGCCACACCGCCCUCACAACCGGCCAGUACCAACACGAGCCGAGAUCUGGAGAUGAUCCUAGAUGAGAUCACUGGCCGUCUACGAACCAACCGGACCAGUAUCGACCCUUGGGCUUACUACCUCUCGCCUUGGGACGAUAAACCUCUCCCGCCUGUCCGGCGCGAACGGGGGUCGAGGUAUUGGGUCUUCCAGGAUCAGGGUGAGUUAGUCCCUGGACCGAUCUUGUUCCUGGCGGGGCAUUUGUUCCCGCCACUGUGGUGGGUUGGUGCGUUGUAUCCACGGUUGGAGCAUCCAGAUGAUGUUGCAGCUUUGGAGGCUGAGGUUGCUAGGGCUGCUGAGAUGGAGGCUUAUUCUGUUGCUGCUCGUGUCGCGUCCCCUGGUACUGCUCAGGCUGUGGAAGGGCAGGAGGACGAUGCGAGGGAUCAACAGAACGGGAUGGCAUUGCAAUGGCUCCAACGACAGCUCAAGACCCUUGGCGUCACCGUCGCCUCCAUCACCCUCAGCUCUUCCUCAUCCUCGAAACCUCAACCCGAAAGUAAUAGUACCGACGACGGCAACUCGACGAUCGCCACCUUUCAAAUCUCUCAAGUCCCUCCUUCAUUUGGCGGCGACAACGAACGUGAAGGGUCGACACUGGCCAACAUCAGCACCAUCCAGGUCCCUUAUCAACCACCUCCACCCAUGCCGCCUUCGAUCCUGGACUCGAGAGGUCCUUGGGCAGCGAGAGGGGGUUCGAGUCGGGCGUCGUCGUUGUUUGAGCAACGAAUGGCGCAUGAUAGGAAGGUGUUGCGGUAUGAGUUGAAUCUGCGGUGGAGGAGGAUUAAUUUGUUGUGGUCAUUUGCAUCGUUGUUGCUGGCCAUUUGUCUUGUUGCCAUCGUCCUUGGUGUCCGCAAGUAA